GUCUUGAGUGACAUGAUUGACAUCUCAUACUCCUUGUCACAGAGUUCUCGCAAAAAACAAACCAAACCUGUAAAUGCUGCUUACUCCCAUUGCUCUGCUCUCUCUCAUGGGCCAUGGCUACCCUUUCUCACUUUCACUUCCUAACCUUCCUCUCGCUCCCUUCUCGUAAACUCUACUUGCUUCCACAACAACAUCUUCAGCAGAACAAGCUACACUGCGAAACCCAGGAACACCCACCUCCGAAACAAUUUACAACCUGUGCUUUGUCAAAUAAAAAACCCAGUAGUAGAACUAGAAAGGUAAAGAGCAAUGAAGAACUGUGCAAUGACAUACAGCAAUUUCUCACUGAGUUCGGGUUUCCAGAGGAUCACGUGCCUUCCACCAAGGAGCUUUCGCUGCAUGGAAGGAAUGACCUUGCAAACAUUGUUAGACGGAGAGGAUAUAAACUGAUUAGAGAGCUUCUUGCUAACUCAACAACAUCAAACAACGAUGGGCUUGAUCCAAAGAAAAGCUUUGAUGAAAACCAGGGUGCAAUCGGUGAUCACGAACAUAUAUUAGCAGGUCAGGACAAGAAGGCGAAUACUUUGGUUGUCGAACACAUCUCAUCAACUGAUAUCUCCACCGUAGGGAACAAUUACAUUAGUCCAAGUAGUGAUUUGGAUUUCAACUCUGGUGACUUUAGGAGCCUACCUGUAGAAUCUUCAUCCAAUUUGUUUUUGGAAGAAAAGGUAUCGCAUAGAAUAAAGGGUCAUGAUGAGAAAGUAAAAGAUGUGGCUGAAAAUGCUUUCUUGUCAACUGAAGUUUCCACCAUGGAAAGUUCAAGCAUCAAUUUUGAUCUCAACACUGAUGAAAACAGCUGCAUGCCUGUAGAACUUUCAGUCCUGGAGGAGAAGACUUCAUCUAAUUUGCAAGUUGAGGACAAGAAGGUGAAUAAUAUGGUUGAAGAUGUGGCCUUUUCAAAUGAAGGAAAGAAACAUUAUUCCUGGAGUUCAAAUCCAGAUUUCAAUCCCACUGACUUUAAAAGUAUGCCUAUAGAAUCUCCAAUCAGUUUGUCCUUGGAGGAAAGGCCCUCAUAUAAUUUGAAAGAUCAGGAUGAGAAGAUCAAGAAUAAUAAUGUACCUCUCUACUCUAGUGAAGAUUCUCGCAUGCCUAUAGAAUUUUCAGAGAACUCAUCCCUUGAGGAAAAGGUGACAAAGUUUAUUCAGAAUGGGGAUUUGGAUAUGAUUGAGGAUAAUGCCUAUGGUAUAUUAAAUGAACGUGUUGCUGAAGAAAGCAAGGAAUUUAUCCAGCCGCAGAAUUUGGUAGUGCAGCCUGCUGAAGAGCACUCUGGAAAUUCGCUUAAUGGAGGGAGUGUUGGCAGUACACUGACAUCCAAGGAUGUCACUCCUGCUGCACUAGUCACUCAACCACUUAGGGACGAUCACGUGUCACCUGGACUAUUAAUGACUGCUAAGCUGGACAAAGAUUUGGACACAGGGAGUAGCAUAAGGGAGAGGCAAGCUGAUAUUAAUCAUCUCAAGUUCAUGCUGCAUCAGAAGGAGUUGGAACUGUCACUGUUAAAAGAACAGAUCGGGAAAGAAAAGCUUGCUUUGUCUGACUUGCAAACCAAGGCUGAAGCAGAAAUCAGCAAAGCCCAAAAGCUUAUCUCAGAAAAAGAUGCAGAAUUACAAGCUGCUGAAGGAAGUCUUUCAGGACUAGAAGAGGUUUCAAUUCAAUACUUUGGGGAGGGAGAAAUUGUGGAGGUGUCAGGUAGCUUCAACGGUUGGCAUCAGCGGAUUAAAAUGGAUCCACAGCCAUCAUCAAGUAUCACAGACCCCAAUGCCUCAAGGAAUUCUAGACUUUGGUCAACCGUGCUGUGGCUUUAUCCUGGAACAUAUGAGAUAAAAUUCAUUGUAGAUGGCCACUGGAGGACUGAUCCUCGGAGAGAGUCAGUUACCACGGGUACCAUAUGUAACAAUAUUCUUCGAGUUGAUAAAUGAUACAGUUUUGGCUGGCGGACAUUUUUGCAAUCCAUAAGUGUACAGAAAACAAUGAUAGAUUGCUUGGAGUUCUGUACUAUCCAAGAAAAGAUCAAAGCUUAAAGCCACGUAGGUAAAAGAAAUGGAAUCAGGCCUUCAAGACCAUGCAGAUUUUGGAUUGAUGUUGCUAUCUUGUACCAUGAAUAUUAAGGUCCUUUUGCCUGUAUAUAUAUGUGUGUGUAUUUCAAUUUAUGCUUAUUAUGUUGGGGUUAUUGGUUAGUGUACAGAAAACAAUGAUAGAUUGCUCGGAGUUCUGUACUAUCCAAGAAAAGAUCAAAGCUUAAAGCCACGUAGGUAAAAGAAAUGGAAUCAGGCCUUCAAGACCAUGCAGAUUUUGGAUUGAUGUUGCUAUCUUGUACCAUGAAAAUUAAGGUCCUUUAGCCUGUUAUGUGCAACGUUUAGUAUUAAACUCUUUUACCAAGUUCAAGUGAUAGCCCAGCAGUAAUAACAUUUUUCGCA